AUGGCGCCGAUCCUCUCAACCAACCCGACAGUCACGCUCACCCCGGAGCCUCUUACACCGGAGAACUUCGCACAUUUCGGUACAGCAGUGGUCUCCCCAUUACCACGAGAACUAAAUAUCGCCCCUCAACCAUCAUCCCUAACGCCACACGACCCAACCCCGGUCCUGGCGAACCAAAACUCCGCUCUCAAGUACAGUCCUAUCUCCCCGCUUCUCGACCAUUACACCAAUGCCUGUCUAAGCGGGCAGGCCUCCGAGGCACGCAUGACCAUGUUUUGCUGCUUCCCGCGCAAUUUGCGCACUGUCAGCACCGGCCCCCAGCUGCCUGACAGGGAGGUCUUUGAUGUGCGGAUCCUUGAGCGCCACCCGUUUACCAAUCAGACUUUCAUUCCGAUCGAUCUAUCGGCCCAUUCGAAGGUCGGGAAUGGCGAGGAAGAACCGCUGUUUCUGGUCGUUGUUGCGCCCACUUUGAAGGGACAGACCGCUACCGCGAAAAAUGAGGCUGGCGAGACGGUUACUAUUCGUGACCCGCCUGAUCUGAAUAAUGUUAAGGCGUUUGUGGCGCGUGGUGGUCAGGCUGUUACUUAUGGUGUUGGGACGUGGCAUGCGCCUAUGGUGGUUUUGGGUCGUCGGAGGGUUGAUUUUGUUGUUGUGCAGUUUGUUAAUGGGGUUGGGGAUGAGGAUUGUCAGGAGGCUGCGUUUGGAGACGGCGUUGUUGUUGAUCUUGGUCGGAAGGGUCAACUUGGUCGGGUUGAGAAGGGCCCGAGGUUGUGGUCGGCUAAGCUCUGA